ACCAACGACAGCUUUCCGAUGUAAACCAUCAAAAGCUCUAGUCACCUCAGAAACGUCCACCACUUUCUCCGUCCUGCUUAUGUAAAUGGUUACCGGGUAUCUUUUAAAGCGUUUUUUCUUUUUACAAAAUUGAAAUGAUAAUAUGCGAAGUUGAUGGGUGAUAUCCUAUCCUAGUUAUAAUAUAAAAGGCACUGACACAAUUAAUUUGGUGGGAGAGAUGUGAAUGGGUCUUUGAUGAGAUAUUUUGACUUUAGUUUUGGUAAACCCAUUGCGCUAAUGGUGUGAGGACUUUAAUCCCAAACGGAGAUACAAUACAGAGACUCUUCUUCAUCGUUCGUUCUAACUGUGUACAAGCCCUAAAAGUAUUGCUGUCAAUUCAAUUUCAUCAUCAUCAUCUUGGAGUUUGCGAUUCGUGUCUCAGGAAUAUUAUAAUAAUAAACUAUUUCUUGUUUAGUUCUCAGAUCAGACAGUUGGUUCGUUCGUGUGUGAAUCCAGACACCAACACUUUUCUUCUACAGAUCCGAUGCAAUUAGGUUUCAAUCGGAGAAAAUCCAAACCCUAAGAAUAAGAUGAGGUCAACUAUCAAUGUCGCUGCCAACACACAGAAGAUAAAUGUUGAUAAUCGAAUAUCUCUGCGUUACUACUUCCGGAUCGCCGAUAACAUUCUGCGACAGGCUGCUAUCUUUCGAGAAGAGAAGAAUAUUAUCGAUCUGUAUAUUAUGCUCCUACGCUUUUCAAGUUUGGCUACAGAAACAAUACCAUAUCAUCGGGAUUACAGUGCAUCUCUUCAGAGAGAUAAGAUCUAUCUCAAAAAGAAAUCAUUGAGUGCCAUAACUGAGCUGGAAGAAUUAAAGCCUGCUGUACUUCAAAAGAUCAAUGACCUAUCCAGAAAACAUGCAUAUCAAUCAAAUGGGUGGACUCCUCAAAAUAAACUAUUGGAGCCAUCAAAACCACCACCAGAGCGAUAUCCUCUUCAUCAGCAAACAUCGACUCAAAGUUAUGCUGGUACCAUCAAUAAGGCACCUACACCACAAGUUAAGGUUCAUGGGCAUGUGUAUCGAGAUUCUCGCAAUUUGGUGUACUCGGCUCCUUAUCCGUUGGAUGAGCAAACUAGGCAAUUAUCUGUAAAUAUUCCUCGUGCAAAGGAAGAAACUCUCUCCAGACAUUCUAUUUUGGGCCCAAAUGGACUUUAUGGACAAUGGCAACCCCCUACCAUCAAUGUUGCGGUUUAUUAUCCAAAGAACGUUGAUUUGACACCUGUGGAAUUUCAGAGUGAGAAAAAGUUGAUUUCUUUGGAGGAUGGUGUUCCAAUUGAAAGAAAUAGUAGCAACUUGGAACAUGAAAAUUCAAGUUUAGAAACAGUUGUUUCAGCAAACAAUAACAAGAAGCCACAAGCUGAUGAACCCGAUCUCUUGAUUUCUUUUGAAGAAAAAAUAGAGACCCCUCCUGUUCCGUUGGAUAUUAUAAGACAGCCUUCCCCACCUCCUGUUCUAGCUCAAGUCCAUGAUUUGGUUUCCCCAUCACUCGAUACCGGGCUCACGAAUGGAUCUGAAAAACCCAGUGAUGGCGUGUGCUCUGAAUCUCCCCUUGAGUUACACAUUUCCUCAAAAGUGAUGGACCACUUCAUGAAGAUGGCAAAACCAAAUACAAAUAAAGAUUUAGAGACAUGCGGUAUUCUUGCUGGGUCACUUAAAAAUCGAAAAUUUUAUGUUACUGCACUUAUCAUUCCAAAGCAAGAAGGAACAGCAAACUCGUGUCAAGCUACCAACGAGGAGGAAAUAUUUGAAGUCCAGGACAAACGAUCUCUAUUCCCUCUUGGAUGGAUACAUACACAUCCUACGCAAUCGUGUUUCAUGUCAUCUAUUGAUGUUCACACACACUACGCAUAUCAGAUUAUGUUGCCAGAGGCCAUUGCAAUCGUCAUGGCUCCAAGAGACAGUUCAAGAAAUCAUGGCAUUUUUCGUUUGACUACACCGGGCGGUAUGGGUGUCAUAAGAAACUGUCCUCACCGGGGUUUCCAUGCACAUGAUGCACCAUCCGAUGGCAGUCCAAUUUAUAAACAAUGUACGGAUGUUUAUAUCAACCCCAAGUUGAAAUUUGACGUCAUUGAUUUGCGCUGAUGGCAGAUACGUCGUGAUAAGUCCAUUCUGAUGCAAAUACUGAAAAAUGCAAAAAAAAACAAUUUCAUUGACAGAUUGAACAAUUAAAAGGAAAUCGACUAUGAAGACAUCUCUAUUCUUGCAUUAAACCUUUAUACUGUAAUUAUGGCUUGAAACACUGUGAUUGUUUAUUGAUUUUAAAAUCGGUAUGUUUAUAUGUUUGACCCAAAGGGGUAAUGUUCAGGUCUUGCUUCUUCA